AUGGCCUCCGUCCAUACUCUCACACCUAUCUGGUGGCCUUCGAUCCCCAAUUCCGCUGCAUCUUUAACAGUAUUUACUCCAGGACAAAACCUAACUAUGAGUGAAAAUCCCGGCGUCCAAAUUGUGGGCGCCAGGUCGAAGCGCACGCACCGACAAAUGGCAGACGAAUCUAAUGAUAAUGCAAAUGCCAGCUGGUAUCAGCCUACAUAUCCCCCCCACGCAGAAAGUUCCUCAUCCCGUUUGCCACCACCUCGAACUCCGACGACUCCCCGACAUGGAUAUGACUACCGGCGUCCGGUGAUUCUCUCGCCGGAAAACAAUGUAAUCGAUUUAACAGAUGACCCGGAACCGCCGCGACGAAAUUUGGUGCCUGUGUCACGCUCUCGGUCAACGAUGCGAUUUCCCAGGGACAUAAUGAACGGUGAACCGCCGGUGAUAGACCUGGAAGCAGAAGAGGACCACCCGGUCGAGGGGUCAUCAACUAGCGCCGAUCUGGAGAUUGUUGGAUCGGCCAUCGUCAGGCCGCGUCCAAGCCCCAUGUAUAUCGAUGAACAUGGGUUCACAAUGCAUUUUCCUCCGACAAGGCCAAGACCAAGAACGAGACCUAGGGACUCUGGCUAUGGACAGAGGUUCUCGAUUCCAGACUUUCAAGACUCAGGGAACAGCGAUGAACUGUUUUCAUACAUGACUUCAGUACCAGGGGUCCUUCAAUAUAGCCUCUCUGCGUUCAACUUGAACCCUCCCACCCAGUCUGCGCCACAGCCUCGGCGCAGCUCAUACAAAGCACCUAUUGCGGCAGCGGAAGGAUUCACUCGAUGUUUGGAAAACGCCAAUGUACCAGUCUGUCCGCACUGCGAGCAGGAGUUAGGAGCUGGGGAGGGACGCAAACAAGAAAUUUACAUUGCGAAACCCUGUGGCCAUGUUUAUUGUGGCGAGUGUGCCGAGAACCGAUCAUUAUCAAAGUCCAAAAAAUCAUCGUCACAGACCAAGCCAUUUUCCAAGUGUCAGGUCGAUGGUUGCAACAGACCAGUCAGCAGCCAAACAGCCAUGGUUCACUUGUUCCUGUGA